ACAUGGGAAACAUGGUGGACGCUUAACAUGUUUGACAGAUUGAUUGUGUAUACCGAAAAUACACAAGAAAUUUGAGAUAAACAAUACAUUUUAACUAGAAAUUAUGAUCCAAUUACAGCUUAGUAGGUUAACUGUGCAAGUAAUAAUGUAAACUAUUAUCUUAUUCAUAUAUUAUUAGGGUAGUUGAAAGUUAUAUUCAACACUAUGUUUACGUUUUAAUUAUUGCUAUUUUUUUAUAAAAUUACUCUGUAAAUAAUGAGGUGCAGUGUUCAGAAUUGUUGUAAUGACACAAAGAAAACUACUAAAAGUCAUGGAAUCACAUUUCACAUGUUUCCUAAAGAGCCAAAUCUUCGUACGGCAUGGAUUGAAGCUCUAGGUAUGUCUGAUUGGGAGCCCAAAGAGAGAAGCACAAUAUGCUCGGAGCAUUUUAGGAAUGAAGACUUUUAUGAGACAACAAGGGGUCUUCGUAAGAUAAAGAAUGGUGCUAUACCUGUUGUUGGACAGGACACGUCAGAAGAUCUAGAUGCGCCAGCCGCUUUAAGGGUUUGCAGAAUAUGUCUGGACAUGAAUACUAAAAUGUAUCACAUAAGUGAAUUCAAAUUGGAUCAGAUGUAUGAACAACUAACUGGACUUAUGGCUAGUGAAGAGCGCUUACCGCAGCGAGUGUGCUGGGAAUGCGCCGCCCGCCUCACCAACGCUGUCAGCUUCAGAAAUAAGGCUUUACGAAGUCACGACCUUCUGCAAGAUCUGCUGGUACCUGAUUCUUAUCUGAAAAUUCGAGACGUAAAAUCAAUAAGUCGGACCCACAACGCAUUAAAAUCAAAUCUCAUCCAAAGAAUAUUCGACAAAACCGAUUUCGACCUCAAACCGUUCAAAUCAGAGGAUCUUCUAGAAGGAACCGUAGAAGAAGAAGAUAAAGAAGACAGCAGAACAGAGAGUUUAGAAAUAGAAGUAAAAGAUCUAGUUCCUAUUACACAAAUAGAAAUCAAAGAUGAGACGUCAAAUGAGAUAUUUUUUGAAGAGUAUGGACAUUAUGAUGAUGAUGAUGAUGAUGAUAAGGCUUUGAGUGAUGUUUAUGGUGAGAAGAAGGAGAAGGUCAAGGUUAAGAAGAAAAAGGAGAAGGUCAUUAAGAAGGUCAAACCAAAGAAGGUAGAAGAAGAUGAUGAUCCGGAAUCUACUACUGAUAAAUACAAAACAAACGGUGUCAAACGAAGACGAGGCAACGAAGCCUUCGACGGAUCCCUAUUCACAAUAACCACUUUGACUUAUGAGCAACAGAUUGAAGAGAUCAGCAAGAGGCAGGAGAGUGCGAGUUACACGACGGCGCCAUACAAGUGUACUGUCUGUUACCGCGGGUUCCAGAUCAAAGAUAGAUAUACCGCGCAUUCUGUUAGACAUAGUGAGCAAAGCGGUGCAUACGAGUGUUUUAUCUGUAAGACUCGUUUGAAGACUAGUCGUGCGCUGCGGAAGCACCUGACCGCGCAACACACUGAACAGUAUAGUUGUAAAGGAUGCCCGUUUGUCACAAGAAAUAGAGGUGUAGCGAGAGAACAUGAGAAAUGGCAUGCCGGCACUAAAUAUCAAUGUCCGCAUUGUGCUAGCGAGUUUGACAAGUUAACGACGUACAUGGGACAUAUUAGAAUAAAACACGUUUCCGACUUUGUAUGCGAGCUAUGUGGUUACACGUUUGUCAGUAAGAAAGGGAUAGAUGUACACAAGAAGAAGAAACAUCGACUCGUUGAUAAGACGGUAACAUUAGAAGGCCCUUAUUGUGAGAUGUGUGACGUAAGAUUCAUUAACGAAGAGGCCCAUGACAGACAUCUAAAGUUAUCAUCUAGACAUAGCAGUGAUCACGAUCCCAACCGCAUCCGCAACGACUCCCAGAGCAUGCACACGGAGCGCGGCGGGCGCGUCAUGCGGCGCCUGGAGCGGCGCCCCGUCAUACACGGCCGCCCCGCCGACACGCACGAGGCUACUGCGCCCGUCAACUGCGAGCAGUGUGGUAUACAACUACGAGAUUUACGUCUAUACGCGCAACACUUCAGACGAGCUCAUCCAGACAAGAAUCGAACUAAGUACCCCGCGAUGAAAACCCCUUGCAUGUGUGAACAGUGCGGCAAGAUAUUCCAGAGUAUGGCAUUACUAAAAGACCAUAUGUGGGUGCAUACUGGUGAGAAGCGAUUCAAAUGUGACCGUUGUUCAAAAAGCUUUACACAGAAAACGAACCUGGUGUUUCAUAUGAGAGUCCACAGUGCUACGCGACCGACCUACGAGUGCCCGUUGUGUGGAAAACACUUUGCCUUCUUCAAUAAUAGGAGACGGCAUAUGUUUAUCCACACAGGCUUGAAACCGUUCAAGUGUGAUACCUGCGGGAAAUGUUUCACGACAUCAGGCGAGCACAGGGCUCACGUUGAACACGUGCAUCUGAAGAAGCCGUGGCCGAAGCGAGCGCGGCAGAGGGGCCGGGACUGGAAGUGUGAUGUUCCCAGUGUUGAGGAUUGAGGACUUUAAAUUAUUUAUUAUGCAAAAUCUUGGGACCUGUGUAGAGGUCCGACGGGAGCUAGGAUGAAAAAACGUUGAAGAAAUAAAAGCUCACAGCACAGAUGUAGAUAAACAAUAGAUAAAGCAAAUGCAUGAAAAGUUACCGGCACGGAUCUUGAGCGCUGACCUUCACCUGCGCAGAAGUGAUUGUUUGGGACCGUUUUGCGGUAUGAAGUGAGGCACAACCCCUCAAAAAAUCCAUCUAAACAAUCUCAAUAAAAAUAUGCAUAUGCACAGAGCGUUGAGCACAGUUCUGAGGGUUUGCACCAGGAGAGGCAAGAGACUCCAACUCUCAAGCGCCGAGGUCUGAAUCUUGGCGCCCCCCAGAAUUUGUCGCCCUGAGCCAUAGCCCCAUCACCCCCCUAACGCCGGCACUGAUCAUCAGUGGCCUCUAACAUCUAUCUUUCAGUAUCAUUUACUAUAGUUAUACUCAUCCUUAAUAAAUGCAACUAAAUAGUGAGAUUUUGUACUUUAUGAUACAAUAUAUUCAUAAACUUCAUUUUAAGUGGAAUACCGCUUUUGUACCGUAUUUUUACAAUCAGAUGUUUUAGUCAGAUAUCUAGAUAAUAUCCUUAUGAAAUUGAUCAGAAAGAGAGGAAAAAUACCGAUUUAAUCUUAAAAUAUUAUGUAUUGAUUGUCGGUCCCGUAGACCACAUGGUUUUUUAAGGUUACGCGCUUCUUUCUGUUCAAAAUCAAAAGUCAUUUUACAAGUUAGGCUACUAAGUAGCACUUUUUGAAGGUCAGAUUACAUUGGACAGUACUCAGUUUCGCCCACCCCUCACCGCUGUGUUAUAAAACUAUGUAAUUUUGAUUUGGUACUAAGGGGACGAUGUUGCUAUUGAGAUGUGGCUGUCAAAUGGGUAAUAUUAGUUAAAGAAGCGUUGUUCAGUCUUUCUUAUGGUAAAAAUAGCAAGUUAUACACCCAGAAUAUAGAUUACAAUUUUCAUAUAUGAAAUGUCAAUGCAUGUACAAUAUAUUAUCAUUGCUUCAUUUGUUUAGGAGCUUAAAAACUAUCGUGAUAUUUAUUUUUGUAUAAAAUAUCAGUUUAAAACAAAGUUGAUGAAAAGCAAAUUCAAUAUAUAACCUACCAUUGAAA